AUGAUUGGUGCCUUCUUGAAUUGUGCAGUGUGCAACUUGCCCAUUGGCACAAGAGUGAAGCUAUGGGCAGAUACCUUCGGCGGAGACUUGUAUAGCACAGUGACCAAAUACUCGGGCUCUCUUUUGCUGCAGAAGGAGUACAAGGACGUGGAGCCCAGGCUGGGGAUCGAGGAGGUGGAUGGCUUGGCACUGGUGAGGAAGUUCUCAGAGGACAUGGAGACGAUGCUACGCAGGAAAGUGGAGGCAAUCCAGAAUCUGGUAGAGGCUGCUGAGGAAGCUGAUCUGAACCAUGAAUUCAAUGAAUCUCUGGUGUUUGACUAUUACAACUCGAUCCUGAUCAAUGAGAAGGACAAGAAUGGCAACUACGUGGAGAUGGGGGCCGCGUUCGUCCUGGAGGCCAACGCGCAUUUCAGCAACCUGAGGGUGAACACCACCAGGAGCACCGUGCAGCUGCCCACCAACGUGUACAACAAAGGCCCAGAUAUUUUAAACGGGGUCUACAUGUCUGAAGCCUUGAACCCUGUUUUUGUGGAAAACUUCCAGAGAGAUCCAACAUUGACCUGGCAAUAUUUUGGCAGCUCAGCUGGAUUCUUCAGGAUCUUUCCAGGCAUCAAAUGGACGCCUGAUGAGAAUGGAGUCAUUGCCUUUGACUGCCGAAAUCGUGGCUGGUACAUACAAGCCGCUACUUCUCCCAAGGACGUAGUGAUUUUGGUGGACAUGAGUGGCAGCAUGAAGGGGCUGCAGAUGGCUAUUGCCAAGCACACCAUCUCCACCAUCUUGGACACCCUGGGAGAGAAUGACUUUGUUAAUAUCAUCGCGUACAAUGACUACAUCCAUUAUAUUGAGCCUUGUUUUAAAGGAAUCCUUGUCCAGGCCAAUCGAGAUAAUCGUGAGCAUUUCAAGCAGCUGGUAGAUGAGCUGAUGGUCAAAGGCACGGGGGUGGUGAGCCGAGCCCUGACUGAAGCCUUCAGGGUCCUGAAGCAGUUCCGGGAAGCCAAGCAAGGGAGCCUGUGCAACCAGGCCAUCAUGCUCAUCUCCGACGGGGCCGUGGACGACUACGAGCCGGUGUUUGAGAAGUACAACUGGCCAGACCGCAAGGUCCGAGUGUUCACUUACCUUAUUGGGAGAGAAGUGACGUUCGCGGACCGCAUGAGGUGGAUCGCAUGCAGCAACAAAGGCUACUACACGCAGAUCUCCACGCUGGCAGAUGCCCAGGAGAACGUGAUGGAGUACCUACACGUGCUCAGCCGCCCCAUGGUCAUCAACCGUGACCGAGAUGUCACCUGGACAGAAGCCUACAUGGGUAGCAAGCCCUUCACCUCGAGUGCACAGAGCCCAGCGCUCCUCACCACGGUGGCCAUGCCCGUCUUCAGCAAAAAGAACGAAACACGAUCCCACGGCAUUCUUCUGGGUGUGGUGGGCUCUGAUGUGACCCUGAGAGAGCUGAUGAAGCUCGCACCAAGGUACAAGCUCGGAGUGCACGGAUACGCCUUUCUGAACAGUAACAACGGCUACAUCCUCUCACAUCCUGACCUCCGACCCCUGUACAGAGAGGGGAAGAAAGUGAGACCCAGGCCCAACUACAACAGCGUGGACCUCUCCGAGGUGGAGUGGGAAGACCACGCUGAAACUCUGAGGACAGCCAUGAUCAAUGGGGAAACAGGCUCUGUCUCCAUGGAUGUGAAGGUCCCACUGGACACAGGGAAGAGAGUUCUGUCCCUGACCCAUGACUACUUCUUCACAGACAUCAGUGACACCCCUUUCAGCCUGGGCGUGGUGCUAUCCCAGGGCCACGGAGAAUACAUCCUCCUGGGAAACACGUCCGUGGAAGAAGGCCUGCACGACCUGCUUCACCCGGACCUGCGCCUGGCCAGUGACUGGAGCUACUGUGUCACAGACACCGAUGCCGACCACCGGAAGCUCAGCCAGCUGGAGGCCAUGGUGCACUUCCUGAGCGGGGAGGACGUGGACCUGGAGUGCGACAAGGAGCUGGUGCAGGAAGUGUUGUUUGAUGCUGCGGUGACGGCCCCCCUGGAAGCCUACUGGACAGCGCUGGCGCUCAACCUCUCUGAGGAGUCCGAGCACGUGGUGGACAUGGCCUUCCUGGGCACCAGGGCCGGCCUCCUCAGAAGCAGCUUGUUUGUGGGCUCUGAGAAGGUCUCUGACAGGAAGUUCCUGACUCCUGAAGAUGAGGCCAGCAUUUUCACCAUGGACCGCUUCCCUCUGUGGUACCGCCGGGCUGCGGAGCAGCCUGCAGGCAGCUUUGUCUUCAGCCUGCGCCCUGCAGAGGAACCAGGAAGUCCGGGCAAGCCAGUGGCAGUAACUGCAAGCACAGCCAUAGCCGUGACCAUGGACAAGAAGACAGCCAUUGCCGCAGCCCUCCAGUACAUGAUGCUGAUUUCCCAGCUGCUAAGCCCCAAGGAGGGUCAUAUGCACAAGCCCAGUGUCAUCUGCCUGUCCCUGGAGUCAGUCUGGAAAGCACAAGACAGUAACAGUGCUCUCCUCCACGGGGUCACGGGUGCUGAGCAAGCGGGCUGCCCUGUGCUUCCUCAGACCCUGGCGUUCAGUGUUGUGCUGACCUCUUCCUGGGCCACCACUGAGACCACGCAGAGCCAGAAACCAGGCCGUCUGUAA